GGAACACAUCGUUAAGCUCUCCAAGUUAUAAGAUCACAGUUCUCCUACAAUGAAACCUCAACAGCMAGCUAAUGAAGGCUCACGCUUYGGCCAGAGGCGGAAAAGAACCUUUUUCACCAACAAGCAGCUGAAACGAUUUGAGGAGGUUUUCGAAGAGGAUAAAUUCCCUGGAAUCGAGAUWAGAGAAAGACUUGCUAACGAGUUUGGAAUCAGGGAGGAUAGAAUUCAGGUUUGGUUCCAGAAUCGUCGUGCUCGCUGGCGACGACACGAAAUCAAAAACAAGCCUGCGUCGAGCGAUCAAUCAGAGGCUACAGACAAUGAUUUUCGACCUGCCUACCCGCCGUAUUUCUUCCCUUUGAAUAUAACACCUUUAGCCUUCAAUGCAGAAUUUAUCAGCCAGAAUACACCAGGCUUCGUAGAUGUCACUARCAUGYCCACAACAGUCCCUUACUGCCAAACACCGAACUACUCGAUGGACGAGUAUGCAGCCGCCUUCGGACUUCUUAGUGUAUAUGAUCGACAAGAUUAGUUUUCGUUUUUCAUUUGUGUUUGAUGUAAAUAUUAACUUAAGCUUUUAAUUUAGAAUGUGAAUGUG